CCACCGUCCCAUCACCCUCCUCCUCCUUCACCUCUCCACCUCCAUCUCCAGCCAGCAGCCACCGGGCAAGUCUAACGAGCGACGGACGAGCUCCACGCCGGGCUUCGUUGCAUAAAUGGCGAUCAAGAAGGGAGGCGCGGCGGGGCUGAAGCAGAUCCUGAAGCGGUGCUCGAGCCUGGGCCGGCGGCAGCAGCAGCAGCAGCAGCAGCAGCAGGGCCACGGGGAGCAGCAGCAGCACUGGGAGGAGGAGGAGGAGGCGGCGCCGUCGGACGUGCCGCGGGGCCACUUCGCGGUAUACGUGGGCGAGUCGCGGCGGCGGUUCGUGGUGCCCAUCGCGGUGCUGGACCGGCCCGAGUUCCGCUCGCUGCUCCGCCGCGCCGAGGAGGAGUUCGGCUUCGGCGGCGCCGGGGACCUGCUCGUGCUCCCCUGCGAGGAGCUCGCCUUCCGCUCCCUCUGCUCCGCCUCCUCCCUCCCCUGCACCGCCGCCCGCUGAGGACGAGGCCCCAACCUGCCUCGACCUGGACGGCGGCAGGCCAUUUGUUCGGCCCGUCGGUCCGGCCUGGCGCCAUUGCCAGGCGGGCCGACGGCCGGUGAGGUGCAGUGUGCGUGUAAAUACGGGUCCAUCGAUUCGACGCGGCGCAUGCGCGUAUUAGCGCGCGCCCUUGGAGCCGCCAUUGAUUUGAUCACCGUGUGUGGGCUGUGGAGACAGAAGAAGAUCGAGGAAGACGAAGAGGAGGAGAGCUUUGGAGAGAGAUAUUUUUAGAGCUAGUGAACGAUUUAAUUACCGGCCGGUGUGUGAGUUAAUUUGCGUGUACGUUGUUUGUGACGUGUUGGAGUCCUUCUGCCCUCAGCCUUCUCCGGGACUGGACUGGAAGAGUGCGUGAUUAGGCGAGGCGAACCGUCAUUACACCCCCUUUUUCACUCUGUACAUGCAAGUUAAGAUGUGUUUGGCCGGCUAAGCUAAGCUAGCUCUAGCGAACGAAAUAAUGCGUACGUGCAUGUUUCUUCUCCUCCCAUGGUUUGGGAAAUAAACAAUGGUGGUUAUUCUCAUA